AUGGCGAAUAGUGAGUAAAGUCAAAAAGUGCAAAAUUACAUCUUAGGUAUGAGAUUAAUGAUUUAAGAGAUAGGACUCUUGGGAGAGGAACAUUUGGUAAAGUUAGAUUAGGUUAUCAUACUAUUUGUAAAGAAUAUGUAAAUGAUUCCUUUAUUUAAGGUUGCUGUUAAAAUACUAUAGAAAAAUAAGAUUGAAAAUAAUGCAGAUCUUGACAGAGUUUAGAGAGAGAUUUCCAUCUUAAGAAAAGUUAAUCAUGAAAAUAUAAUUAAAUUAUAUGAGGUAUAAGCAAUCUCUUGCUACCUUAGAUUCUGGAAUCAGAUUAGAACCUCUAUUUGGUUAUGGAAUAUGCCAAAGGAGGAGAACUUUUUGAUUACAUUGUAAAAAAACAUCAGUUAAAAAUACUAUUAAUAUUUUUAGAUUAUCAGAACUAAUAGCUGCACGUCUAUUUAUACAAUUAAUAAAUGCUGUUGAAUAUCUUCAUUCACUUAACAUUUCUCAUCGUGACUUAAAACCUGAAAAUCUAUUACUUGAUGAGUAAAGAAAUCUAAAAGUUGCAGAUUUUGGACUAAGUAAUCUUUACAAAACUAAUGAAUCUCUUAAAACUGCUUGUGGGUCUCCUUGUUAUGCUGCACCUGAAAUGUUAUGUAAUUUAUAUAUAAUAUUCUAGAUGGAAAACCUUACUUUGGAGAUAAAAGUGAUAUUUGGAGUUGUGGAAUUAUUCUCUAUGUUAUGUUAAGUGGUUAUUUACCUUUUGAACAUGAAAACACUAAACUACUUUAUGAAAUGAUUAAAUAUCAAGAUUAUGAACAACCUAAGAAUAUUUCAUCUAUUGCUAAAGAUUUAUUAAGAAAACUUUUAACUAAAGAUCCAUAACUUAGAAUUGGAUUUGAUGAAAUCAAAUAACAUUAAUUCUAUAAAUUAGUUAUUAUUUAACCAGAAUAAAUUAUUACUAAUAAAGAUACAAUUGUUUUCAAAAUGCUUCUAGAAUUAGGAUAUGAUAUAAACACUAUUUAUGAUCAAGUUAAAGAUAACAAACAUAAUUCUAAUACUACCUUAUUUUGGCUAUUUAGAAAAAAAGUAUGCAAUCAAAACUUUAUUAAUUAAGUUUUAGGAUAAUAAAAAUGUAAUAUGCAAUAAUAAGUUUAAGUCUUAAAAAAACAAAAUCUAAAUCUCAAAAAUUAAUUAUAAUAAUCAAUCAUUUCUAAUUAAAUUAAUUAAAGCUAAAAUCAUACUGCUAGAUCAAAUAGCAAGGGUAAAUUAAAUUAAUCAAUACAAUAAAGAUGUCAAAUCAACAAUUAUAAAAUUAAUCUAGAUGAUUUAAAUAAAUAUACUGAUAGACCAACAGGAAUUUAAAUAAAUUUUAACAAAAUUCGAAACUACCCGACCAAAGUUUAAGAUUCUCUUAAAGAUUCAAUUAGACAAAAAGCUUAAUCAGUUUAAGAUAGAAAUUAUAAUUAAUUCACUCCUGAUUUUUAUGACUUAUUAAUCAAAUAAUAAAAAAUCAAUAAUAACCCAUCUAUUUAAAGAAGAAAGAGUGCAACUGAAUAAAUCGAAAGAUUUAAUUUUGCACCCAAUCAAUAAGAUAAAAUUAAAACUUAAAUUUAAAGAGGUAGAAAUAGAACUAUUUCUCAAAAUAGAAAGAAUAAUUUAACACAAAGAUAUUCAAAGAAUUAUACUCCAUUUCUUAAUCAUUAAAAUACUCCAGAAUUUAAACUCAAUAUCAAACCUAAAAAUUAACUUAAUAAAACAAUAAAUUAAAGCUACUAAGAUUAAGGAAAUACGAUAAUUCCAGAAUAUUCAAUUUUUACUAAACAAUUUUUAUGA